AUUGUGGGAGGGUGUUCUCUCUCUCUCCCCCCUCCAAUAGAAACAGAUCGAUCGUGAAGCAGGCUAGAGAGAGAAACACCUAGAGAGAGAGAGAGAGAGAGAGAGAGAGGAGCUUCGCUCGUUGGACUGGCGAAGAUGGUGAGCAAAACGGAAGAAACCCAAUUGAACAGGCUCGAGAACCAGGUCGACAAUGGAGGAGGAGGGGCCUGGGAGUACCUCUGUUUAGUCAGAAAGCUCAAGGUCCGCCGCUCAGAGAAGGUCCUGAAGUACGGCCUGUCGAUCUUGAACGACCUCAAGAAAAGAUCCAGUCUUGGCUCGGAAGAAUGGACUUUAUAUGAGCAAGUUGCAAUUGCAGCUAUGGACUGCCAGUCUCUUGAUGUUGCUAAGGACUGCAUUAAGCUUUUACGUAAGGCAUUUCCUGAGAGUAAAAGAGUUGGCAGGCUAGAGGCUAUGUUGCUAGAGGCAAAGGGAUCUUGGGCAGAGGCAGAGAAGGCUUACUCAAGCUUUCUGGAGGAAAAUCCACUCGAUCAAGUGAUACAUAAGAGAAGAGUAGCUAUGGCAAAGGCGCAAGGAAACAUUUCAGGGGCCAUUGAGUGGCUUAAUAAAUAUCUGGAAAUAUUUAUGGCCGAUCAUGAUGCGUGGAGAGAGCUGGCUGAAAUCUACGUUUCCUUGCAAAUGUACAAGCAAGCUGCGUUCUGCUAUGAGGAGCUGAUAUUAUCACAACCUACUGUUCCUCUUCACCACUUGGCUUAUGCUGAUGUGCUAUACACGCUUGGUGGACUAGAAAACCUUCAGACAGCAAAAAAAUACUAUGCAUCCGUUAUAGACUUGACUGGGGGCAAGAAUACCAGAGCACUUUUUGGUAUUAACUUGUGCACUUCUGCCAUCGGACAGCUUGCGAAAGGAAGGAACAAGGAAGACAAAGAGAGCUUAGAACUACAAUCACUGGCAGCAACGGCCUUGGAGAAAGACUACAAGCAGAGAGCACCUGCAAAACUUUCCCUGCUUACGACAGCCUUGAAAAGCUUGAAAGUUUCAUCAUAA